AUGGCAAAGCACUUACAUCAAGACAUGAUUGAGUUGUUAAACAAUAUUAAUGGCCAUGAAGACAUUGCUCUUAACAAGGCCGCGCAACUAUAUCAAGAUAAAAGCCUCAUUAGAGCAUAUGGAUUGUUAGAUCACUACUGUGACUUCAUCCUUAAGAAACUUUCCUUUAUAAGACGACACAAGAAGUGCCCUGAUGAUGUUAAUGAAGCAGUAUCAAGUCUCAUAUUUGCUUCUGCAAGAUGCGGCAGCGAUCUUCCUGAGCUUUAUGUCCUUAGGAAGCUUUUUGGACAGCGUUAUGGUGACCAAUUUGUAACUGCUUCAGUUGAACUCUCUUCUGGGAAUCUUGUAAACAAAGAGUUAAAAGAGAUUCUCCGACCCCCAGUAAUUUAUGUGCCAGAACAUGUCAGGUAUAGAAAGGCUGAUGAAAUAGCAAGGGAUAAUUGCCAACAACAACCUGAGAUCUUAGCUAUACAACAAUCUCAGGUGGAGGAAGAGAAUAAACAGUACCAAAUAGUACCAAGUGAGACUUUCACUGUGCCAGAGUCAACUUCCUCAAUUGAUGCCUCUUCUGCAUUGGUGGUGUCUAGUUUUCAGCAAGAGGAAGAGUUUACUACUGAGAAAAUCUCCAUUGCAGUUUCUGAUUACUCAGAAAACAAAGGGGAAAUUAUGGCUUUGGUGCCAUCUACAGAGACAUUAAAUUUGCCUCCACUUGAUGAUGAAACUGAUGUGGAUCAAGAACAAAAAUCAUCACACAUAAGGAGCUCAUCAAGAAAAAGCAGAAUGCUAUUUGAAAACCAAUGCCUUAUGGAUAUUGGACAGUAUCACAGAUCACCAGGCAGGAGUAGUAGUAGUUCUUCCUCUGAUCAUAAAUAUGGUUAUACCCAAAAGAGAAUUAAGCAAUCUUCCAACUUAGGUAUGUGUCAAUGCAGCUUAGACCAACCUUGUUACUGCUUUGUAUACUAUGAUGAAGAUAACUUUGAAGCAUUAUCAAACAAGCAAAUGAAGUUGGUUUCAAAUACAAAUGAUGGAGAAAGUACUGGUGCAUUUGGGGAACUUCUACUCACAUAUCCAGGUUUCCAUCACCAUGGAGGAAAACCAAAAACUGAAUUGGUGGAAACAUUGGAGACAUCUUCUAAUUCAAGGACUAAAGCUCAUGUCACGCGAGCCGCGACUAUGCCGCCGGAGCGGCACAAUAACCGCGACCAUAAGAUCUUAAGAACAUAUUCACUGUCUCCUAAGCAGCCGAAGCAUGUUCAUCCAAAGUUGCCUGAGUACGAAGACAUAUAUGCUAAGUUCACUGCUCUCAAGAGAGAACGCCUAGAAACCAAAGAUAGAAAACAAUAG